GGUGGCAGUGGUUUCUCUUCUGUUAUCCUCAAUGAUGGAGAAAUUAGUAGACCCUGCUACUGAUCCAGUGGGUUAUACAAAGCUGAUUUUGCUUGCUACUCUCUUUGCUGGUAUCUUUCAGACUUCCUUCGGACUCCUCAGACUUGGGUUCCUUGUGGAUUUCCUAUCCCAUGCUGCAAUAGUUGGAUUUGUGGCAGGAGCAGCCAUUGUGAUUGGGCUUCAACAGUUAAAGGGACUCUUAGGAAUCACCAAUUUUUUGACCAAGACCGACAUAGUCUCUGUCAUGAAAGCUGUUUGGGAAGCAGUUCAUAAUCCAGGUAAAAGGAAGAAGAAACUAUUCUGGUUGGCAUCAAUCUCUCCUCUUGUAUCUGUUGUUGUGUCAACUUUAAUUGUGUUUAUCACAAGAGCUGAUAAAAAUGGAGUUAAAAUUGUGAAACAUGUCAAAGGGGGGUUGAAUCCAAGAUCCAUCCAUCAGUUAGACUUCAACAACCCCUACAUUGGAGAAGUGGCUAAAAUUGGACUAGUGGUUGCUGUCGUUGCCCUUACUAUUUGGUGAACAUUGACACCGUUGGAAUCACUGCUCUAGAGGAACUGCAUAAAAGUUUGUCUUCACAUGGAAAACAGGUAACUUCUUUUUGUUUUGGACAUUAAGAUAUAUGUUGGUUGCUUGAA